UCCAAUCAGCAGCGAGUAAUGCGAUCACUGGCUGGAAGCGUCGGCCAGUGGCGUGCGCCGCUGACAGGUCGGGAGCCAAUGGGAUGCGCGCAAAACGUGGGCACGUGGAUCUGCGCACAUGUUGUCGUUGGUAAAGCGGCGAGAGAAGGAGCGAGCGGAGUCACACAGAGGAGCCGCCGGGCGGAGAGCGGAUGCUGGGAGACCCGACGAUGACCCGGCUUCGGACUGAGCACUGACGGACCAGAGGACGGACACAGACGCUUUGUUUAGUGGCAGCUGCUGGUGUUUAAUAGCAUAUUACUGAGGCAAUGCAGUCCCAGGGCAGCACUUCCACCCAGGCCUGCUUCGAUUCCCUGAGCUCCAGCGACAGCCUCCUGUUCAGCGAGUUGGAUCAGGUGGAGGACGACGCGGAUGUCUUCCUCACAGACGGCUCCUCCUCGGGAGGGGCUACGGCCAAUGGCGAUAGGGGGUCGGAAAGCCCAGGGUCCCAGUGGACGUGCGAUGGCUUCACAGAUAAAGAGGAAGAGGAGGAGUCGUACAGGUUGGAGAGUGGUGGCAAAGAGGCGGACGAGACGGGCCCUUCAAGCCAGGCCGCGAAAUCACACGGCGACCUGCAGUUUGCUCAGAAGUGUGCUGAGCUGCAGGGUUUUGUCAGGCCCCUGCUGGAGCUGCUGAGUGGCCUGAAGAGGGGUCGAUUCGAGCGCGGUUUGAGUACUUUCCAGCAGAGUGUUGCUAUGGAUCGAAUCCAGAGGAUUGUGGGGGUUCUGCAGAGACCAAACAGCGGUGAGAAGUACCUGAACACUCUGCUCCAGGUGGAGAUGAUGCUAAAGCUUUGGUUUCCUCAGAUCUCUACUCCGCCGGUCUCCUCAAACUCCAGCGUGGCCACAUCCUCUGCCCUCUCCCUCCAAGACACUUCCAGCUCCACGCCGCCGCAUAAGCACAGAGAUCAGCUACAUAUUCCCGUCAAGAAGCGCAGACUCAGCUGGACAGGUACAUGCACUCCCACGCCUUCCCCGCUGCUUCUCAAGUGCCCUCAUGUCAGAACAGAAGAGAAGAGGGUGAAGCGAGAUCAUGAUGAAAGGGACAAACCCUCUGCCCCUCCUCCACCUCCUCCAUCAUUGGCAUCUGAUGCAAAUCAAAUUUCCCCAGAUGUGGCCGGUGACAGACGGCUAACUGCGAACACAAAGGGAAAGGACAAUGACAGCGAGGACCGAGGCAAGCUAUCAAACUACAAAGCAGGUCAAAGCUCUGAGCCGAGUCUGACGUGGGUUCACGUCGCCCCCAUCCUGUCCCCACGAAAGGCCCACCCCUCACAUGAGGGCGCAGCGGCGGGGAGUAACGGCGAAAACCAGCCUAUCAGUGCCACUCCCCCACCGAGCAGGAGGGGCAGCCCCACUAGGAAAAACAAGGCCAUCUCUUCAUCUAAGCCUUCCAAGCGUCCCAAAAACCUGAAGGAGCCAACCCCGUGCCAAAGCCAGCCUGUUGCCGGACAACAGAGUGAGAAUGCGACAGUCGCUGCCUGUCAGGGUCAGAGCCAAUCUCCGUUACCCAGGGCGUGCCCCAGCCCGGUAAAGACCUGAUGCAUUGGACACGCAAAGAGCCGGCAGCCUCGAUUUUGUAACUGCAUCAAGCAAAAAACUGCUGUGAGAGGAAGAAGGGAAGAGGCUGAAGGCCUGUCAUUAAAGAUACAUUAAAGAAAGGAAGGAAAAGUAGGUAAAUGAUAGAUGAAGCACAACCCCUUAUCAAGAGCGCAACUUCAACAGUUAGUGUAAACAACAAGACGUAAUAUAUUUCAAUAAAUCAAACCUAGAUGAUAAUCACAAUUCCAUUAAAAUCAUUAAUAUGUGCACUAUGGUGGUUGUGAGUGAGGGGGAUCGGAAAGAGAACCAAUCACUUAAAGGUUAUUUACAGGUUUUUGAGUAACGACCAAUAGGAGAGAUUCUGAAGAUUUGUCGAUGAGCAGUUCCUCCUCAGCAUGAAAACGAAAUACACUGUAAUCUGAGAUGUUUCAGUAGGUAUCUGACUUGAGGCACAGAAAAUAGAAGGAGCUGGCGUCAGGGUUCAGGGCGAAAAGCUUCCAGGGUUCAGCUUGAUGAGGUAACUCCAGCGAUGAGUGAGUAAUGCGGCGUCUUAUGGUAGGAGACACAUUGACUUUACACUCACUUGUAGAUAGAAACCAAGGCGCCUUGGUUGCGGAGAGAAAAAUGUCAUUUGAAAAUCUUAUAGCUAGUGAUGUGAAAUACAAUGUACAGAAAGCAGCAUUCAACUGUACGUGUGGUGCUUCAGGAGUCAUCAAGGAGACAGUGGGAAAAAUGAUGUCAUUAACUCACGAAUGUAAUCAGAGAACUGUUUGGGCACUUGGCUGGUGGAUCGGCGGCGAGGCGUUGAAAGGAGCGACGUCAUGGUGGGCAGAGGUCACGUGAACUUUCAUGUUGUGCUGUGGGUCAAAAUGUUUCUGCAAAACUGGCCGAUAAUCAGGGUCGUGAGAGACUUAACAAAAAAAGACCAGCUUGAAGAAAUAAUAAGGACCACUCAAGGACAUGUAUGACUCUGGAGUCCCACAGUUAAUUUAUUCAUGUGUUGAUCCGACACUGUUUUUAUUUAUUGUUUGUAUUUAUUUAUUGGGCAGCUGAGUAUCACCUCCUGUGCACACUCACAGUUUGGCCUACGACUUUUUGAGGUGAUUGGGAAGAUGCUGUUUGUGGGUUUUUUAAUGCUAUCAUGAUGAAAAUGCGAAAAAUAAUUAACUGAAGGAAGUGAAGUCUCUUGACUUGGACUA